AUGGGGAAGCUGCAGCUGUUCGAGAUCCAGCUGGCGUCCAGCCGCCUCAUCUACGGCCCCGGCCAGCCGCUGCUCGGCACCGUGUCCGUCCGCCUGGCCGCCUCCCUGCCCUACAGAGCCAUCAAGGUGACCUGCAUGGGCUCCUGUGGCGUGUCGAACAAGAUCAACGACACCGCCUGGACCGUGGAAGAACCGUAUUUCAACAGCACGCUGUCCCUGGCCGACAAAGGGACACUGUCGGCUGGGGAACACACCUUUCCCUUCCAGUUCCUGCUGCCAGCCACGGCGCCGACGUCAUUUGAAGGUCCGUUCGGGAAGGUCGUCCACCAGGUGCGGGCUGUGAUAGACACCCCGCGCUUCUCCAAAGAUUACAAAUGCAACAAGGUCUUCUAUAUCCUCUGUCCCCUCAACCUCAAUGACAUCCCCGAUAUCGAGAACCCCAACACGGUGUCCACGACCAAAAAGUUCUCCUACAAGCUGGUGAAGAGCGGGAGUAUCAACCUCAGCGUGACCACGGACCUCAGGGGCUACGUCGUGGGACAGGUCAUCCAUCUCCAGACGGACAUCGAGAACAAAUCCGGGAAGGACACGGGGUCGGUGGUGGCCAGCCUUCUGCAGAAAGUGUCGUACAAGUCGAAGCGCUGGAUCUAUGACCUGCGGACGAUCGCGCAGGUGGAAGGGGCAGCCGUGAAGGCGUGGAAGCACGCCGAGUGGAGGGAACAGAUCCUCGUCCCCGCCCUCCCCCAGUCUGUCCUGCAGGGCUGCAACCUCAUUCACAUCGACUACUACCUGCAGGUGUCUCUGAAGGCUCCCGAGGUCUCCGUCUCCCUCCCCCUCUUCAUCGGGAACAUAGCGGUAAACCGAGUGCCCGUGAGCCCCUCCCGGCCGCUGCCCCCCGUCCUGCCCUCGGCGCCGCCCGAGGACGAGGAUGCCAUGGACAGCAUCUCCCUCUCCACCAAGAGCCACUCCCAGCAGCAGGCUCCACCGCGCCCGCCGCCACCGUCCCUCAGCCCCGCGCCCGGCCCGAGCUCCCCGGACCCCCGGCUGGACCCCGAGCCCGGCGGCUCCCCCGGCCGCCCGCCCCUCUGCCUGUCCACCGGGGCCACGGUGCCGUACUUCGCCGAGGGGACGGUGGUGCCGGUGCCCACGUCCGGCUCCCUCAUCCUGCCCCCCGAGUACAGCACGUGGGGUUACCCGUACGAAGCGCCGCCGUCUUACGAGCAGAGCUGCAGCAGUGCCCAUUCAAACCUGAGCAACGGAAUCUAGCGCCAGCCCCGGAUGGACGACCCCCGCUCCUCACCCAGCCUUUCGGCGGCCCCCCUCCCGCCAGCCCCCCCGUGCUUCUCAGAGGAUUUUGGCCCCCUGGGCUGGCUGUGAGGGAGGAGAAGAGGGAGGGAGGGGAGAAGAGAGGCCGGAGCGGGGACCUCCGGCCCCUUUCCUUCUCCCCGGCCUAGGUCGCGGGCGGCUGCCUCAACUUCCUGCCCGGAACCUGUGCUGACGUCCGACACUUGAUCUGUCGCUUUCUCUCGAAGCGCCCACGAUGCCUUAUCUGAAAUGCUACUGAAUUAGUCUCUCUGCUAGAGGUGGUGGUCCCUCCCUGGGCUGGGGAUGGGAGCUCCUCCCCCUUACUUUUGUGGAAGCUUUAAUGGUGCCCCUGGCCCGCACUGCUGCCUACCCACUAGCAGGGAGAUUCCCCUGGGGCUGGGCACUGGGUUAGCCGCCCUCAUCCCGGGAUCCCCACCUGGCCCCCCGACUUGGCCCGAGAUCCUUUCUGGGUGCCAUACUGCCCCUGGGGAAGGGAUUCUGGGGGGCCGAGGUGUUGAUCCCGGUGGGGACGGAGCCCAGCCUCGGGCUGAGAGGAGAACUGUGGCUCCUCUCAGAAGCCCUUGCUCCGGGGAGUCGCCUGUGGCCAGGAGCCCUGGGCUGCCUGGUCAGUUUCUCCCACCUCUCGAUGCUCCUGGCUUGCCGCCUGCUCCGGCCUCUCUCGCCUGCCCAUCCUGGGGUAUCUGUGGCUCUACCUCUCCUCUCGCCCGAAGACUGUUCUCUGGAUUCUCAGCCCUCCCUCCCCGUCUCCCCUCGGUUCCCCCCACAAUCCCGGUGCUUCUGCCUGGUUUUUCGGGUCCCAACCCCGGAUCUCUGACCCCUCAGGGGAAAGGCAGAGAUGAAUGCCAGAAGGGUUUCUGUCUGGAGCCUCCCUCUGCUGCCCCCCACCCAAUCCAUCCCUCUCCACCCCCUCCUCUCUCUCUCCCUGGGCACUUGACAGUGUUGGAUGAAGGAAUCUAUGGGUCAGUUUUCUUUUCCUGCUUCCUCCCGAUUGCCCCCUGGGCAAGGGAGGGGGUGGGAAGGAGGGCUCAGGGAUGGGGCCGGUGGGUAAGGAGGGUAGAAGUGGUGGGCUGAAGGAUGCUGAGGUGAGUCAGACUGGGGGGCAGGGGCAUCCACCCUGGGACGGCCCCUUGCUGUUCUUGCACUUAUGUCUACUGCACCCCUCCUUUGUGACGAAUGCUCACUCCCAAACACACACACACACACACACACACACACACACACACAUACAUAUAUGAAAACACACAUAUAAACUAACAUACUCUCACAAACAUACUCACAUAUCCAUAUAUCUGUUCUUUUUCCUUGGCCCAAACCUGGCCUUGUCUAGGCCUGUGGCCCUUUCCAACUCCCACCUAUAUACACACACCCCCACUUGCUGGGGGUUCCCUCCCACAGGGUCAGCUCUGCAGGGGUCACAGGGUAAAAACCAGCUGCU